AUGGUUAACUCUAAUCAAACUGCAUUUGUAAAUGGCAGAAACAUGCCUGAAAAUAUCCUCCUCGCUCAUAAGCUAGUAAAGGGAUAUCAUAGAAAUAAGGGUCUUGGUAGAUGUGCUAUAAAGGUGGAUUUGAGGAAGGCUUAUGAUUCCACUAAUUGGAAUUUCAUAUUAAUGUGUCUUUUGGCAGUGGGCUGUCCUCCUAAGUUUGUAAAUUGGGUUAGGAUCUAUGACCUAUUGCUCUUUGCAGCAGUAGACAUUCCAUCCUUGACACUAUUUCAGGAAGCUCUAGAAGAAUUUAAAAUGUUGUCAGGCCUUUCAGUAAAUCAUAGCAAAAGUGAAAUAUCUUGCUUGGCUGUUAAACCUGUAUUGCAGCAGCAAAUACUAUCCUCAUUGCAUUUCAAUGCUGGUUCUCUUCCAGUUAAGUAUUUGGGAAUGCCUCGGAUCACUGGAAAACUUUCUAUGGCAAUUUGUAUGCCUCUUAUUGAAAAAAUCACAGCAAGGAUCAAUUCUUGGACUGCCAGAAAGCUUUCAUUUGCAAGUAGACUACUCCUUAUUCAAUCUAGACCAAUAUAUGAUGCAGCAAGCUCCACUGAGGCUAAGGUGAAUAGUGUCUUGAAACAAGGAGAAUGGUGUUGGCCUCCUGCUAGAUCAGAAGAUGUGGUGAGCAUUCAAAGUAUGCUCAACCUCAUUUCUAUUGGUAACCAAGACAAACCUAUUUGGACUGCUUCUCCAAAUGGCAAGUUCACUUGUGCUGCUACUUGGAACCAGAUAAAGAAUUAA